UCACCUGCUGCCCCUCCCUCUAAAGCUGGUGGGGGUGGGGAAUGGCCAUGAGUGACAUUUGCCCAGAUGAAACAAACUUGAUGGAAGGAUCAGGUUGCUUCUGGGGUCCAGUCCUUCUCCCAGCCCUUUUGCCACCGAUGGCUUUGUGGCCAAGCAGUGAACUUUGUCCCUUCUCUGAAAUGUGCCCUGGUAGGAAGGGGCAGGGGACUCUCCCAGGGAGGAAGCUGGAGGGCUUCUCGGAGGAAGCGGUGUCAGGUUUGGGUUUUGAAGGAUGAAUGAGCAGGAUAUUUCCAGGUGGUAGAAGCAGGUGCUCUGGGCAGAAGAGCCCAGGUAAGCCGAUGUCCUGAGGCCUUGUGGCGAGACAUUCAGCAGCAGCGAUGCAGGAGGGAUGCAGUAGCAUCCGGGGCAUGGGGGAGACUGUGAAGGGGUGGACAGCCAUGCUGGGGGUGAGGAAGGGCGGGCAGGGCUGCCCUCAAAGUGAGUCAGUGAGGAGGUGGGUAGGACCGAGGGCGGAGGCUGGCUGGCAGUGGGUCCCUGUUUGCACAGGAGCAGCUCAAAGUUUGCAGCUUUCGGUUUCGGUUUCCCUUUCCGGGGCCCAGAGGAUGUGUCACUACCCAGAGGCACACUCUGCGACUGCAUCCCCACAGCGGAGGACAGCUGGGUCGGGAGUGAGCUCAGCCAGGAGAAGACUCCUUGCCUGGACGCCGCUCGCAGCUGUAAGGAAAACCUCUCAGAGACGUGACCGGCCGCUGGACCAUGGACCCAGACCCCGGCGAGGCCUGCCCAGACAGCAAGAGCCUCACUGAGGAGGCCAUUGAGUAUUUGCAGGGCGCAGUGAGCAGAGAGGACCUGGAUCUCCUGCUGACCAAAGAGGCCUGGGAGAGCCUCGUGGCUGAGGCUGAUCUGUCCAGGGAGGAAGCAGAUGCGCUGYACGAGGCUCUGAAUAAGCUUAGAGGAGACAUGGCCCUGGAGGACAAGGACAUGCUCCAAACCCACAUGCAGGACAGGGAGAGGUUCCUGCAAGAGUUUCCGCAGGUGAAAGCRGAGCUGGAGGAGCGCAUAGAGAAGCUCCGCGCCCUGGCAGACAGGGUUGACAAGGUGCACAAGGACUGCACCAUCUCCCACGUGGUGGCCAASUCCACCGGUGCCGCCUCUGGAGUCCUCACCAUCCUAGGCCUGGCCCUGGCACCUGUGACGGCAGGAGUCAGUCUGGCCCUCUCGGCCACUGGGGUGGGGCUGGGAAUAGCCGCUGYUGUGACAAGUGUCUCCACUAGCAUCGUCGAGCAUUCAAGCACUGUGUCCGCUACAGAAGAAGCCAGCAGCCUCGUGUCAGAGAACGCGAGCAACGCAAAGGCCGUUGCCCAGAUCGUAGGCCAAAAUGCACCCAAGGCCAUUUCGUUGACCAAGAACUUCAUCCAAGUACUGGGCGACAUUGGGAAGCACAUCCGGGCCAUCAAGCUGGCCAAAGCCAACCCCCGCUURGUAUCCAGUGCCCGGCGCCUCAUGACAACCGGGAGAAUCUCAGUCCGACGUGGCAAGCAGGUACAGAGAGCCUUUGGAGGCACUGCUCUGGCCAUGACCAAAGGGGCCCGGAUCAUGGGUGCAGCCACCGCAGGCAUCUUCCUUCUGAUGGACGUGAUCGACCUCGUGAAAACGUCGACGCAUUUGCAUGAGGGGGCAAAGGCAGAGUCGGCUCAAGAGCUGAGGCAGAAGGCUCAGGAGCUGGAGGAGAAGCUGCAAGAGCUCAYCCAGACCCACGAGAGGCUGCAGCUGGACCCGUCGCCAUGACACCUCUCCUCAAGCAGCACGGAGAUCAGGGGACACGUGCUGGACAGAGGGAUGCCUGCAUGGGGCYGUUUUAUUAUGUGGGAGAGAGACAGAAAUAAAGUCUUUGAAACUGAG